AGCUACCACAGCGUUUGCUCAGUGCGCGUGCGCGACUUUUCCCACGACUUGUCAUCACUGUCAGGGAUCUGACAUCACUGCUGCCAGGAUGCUUCCGAGCAAGGAACACGUAAACAAUGUCUUGUUCGUUUACAGUAACGUGAAAUGAAUGAAAUAUUUAGUAAAAUGUCCAAGGAAUUUGUAACUGUCGAUGGCAAUGUGAAGAAGAUUCAAAAGGAGAAUCUAACACCAUAUAAAAUAGCAACUGCCAUCUUAAUUAGAGAGUAUUGCAAUGAAACAACAAAAGCAAUUGUAGAAAGACGUGACUUUUGUUUAGCUUCACUGAAACUCAUUCAGUCAGCAGACAUGGAGCUAAAUAUCCUGUUGAACUUAUUAUAUUCUCCAGAAUAUGUUUUACAUCGAUUUGCAAAUCAGUUGGAAGUAGAAUUGGAUAUUUUAUGUAGUAAAGGAGUUGAUGGAUUGUUGGAUCUAUUUAAUAGUCUUUAUCGAUUAAUAGAAAACAAGGAACAUGCACUUGCUUUAUCAAUAUUGAGUAGGAACUCUGUUCUUGGCCUAUAUAUUCGUAGAAUACGUAUUUUUUUUGAGAAAUUGCCUUUUAAUCAAGUCGUUGCACUUUAUAAUGAUCUAAAAAAAUAUGUUGAGAGAAAAAUUCGUAAUUCCAGAGACUCUGAUAUCUCUAUAAUUUCCAAGCAAGAAGAUUAUGAAACGAAUAAAGCAAAAACAGUCUGGGGUGGAAGACAGGCAGAGUUACUUGUGGCACAACAAGCUCAUGCCUUGCAAACUGACGAGCAUAAAGCAGUGCCACCGGCAGAAUUGCAAGCUCUUGUUCAAGAUCUUUUGAAGUGCAGUCCUUAUUAUGCAGAUGCACAUUAUUUGAGUUACUUAAACUGUAUUCGCGUGAACGACUUUUGCGGAGCAGUGGAUAGUCUUUAUCACUGUUUUGAUAGGAUGGCACCUCUGGAAAACCGAUCCGCGCCUGAAGAUAGAUCUCGCACUUUCAGAUACGCAGCACUCAACUUGGCUGUUUUACAUGCCCAAUUUAAUCACAAAGAAGUGGCGCAAUAUGCUUUAAAAGAAGCAAUUACACUAGCUCAAGAAGCCGGAGAUAAUGUGUGUCUGCAGCUUGCACAUUCUUGGAUGUAUUACUUGACCAGCGAAGAAAAAGGGCCUCUUAUAGAACGCUCAGUAGGCAAAGCGAGUAUGCUCGGCAUUACGCAUACGACAGGUAUGAGUCUCAUUUCACACGCGCACAACUCUGCCCUGGAAGCAAAAAAUCCUCCUCAAGUCUUCGAGACGCUAAUUAAAUCGGACGUGUUAAAUUGUCAGCACUCGAUGUCUGACUUGAUGUCCAUCACUUUCGCAGAGAAGUCUGCGUUAUGGGCAUAUUAUGGCAAGACAGAAAUGGCCUCGCUUUGCGCUCAGCUGUUGCUCCUUCACAACACUGGCGACAAGAAACAACACAUGUUCAAUGGGCCGUCCACGUGUCAGGCGAUUGUCACUAUUGCGAAUAUGUUGAUCGAAUUUGGUGAAUAUACGCUCAGCGACGUCGUACUGGCCCAUGCCAAGGAGAGAUUUCCUAACGAGCCCUGCAACAAAAUCUGGAUGCUGAGCGAACAGCUGCAUUUGUUCACGCAAUUAAUGAGACAAGAAAAAUGGAGCGAGGCAGAAGCAGCAGCCCGAAAUAUUUCCAGCUUAGAUCAGUUAGAAUGCACGUUCAGAUUAGCGGAAGUUUGCUUGGCGAAAGGUGAUUAUCCGAAGGGACUGGAGUACAUCAGCAUUAUUGAGGAGCAUUCGGAUGUGACUUCGCCGCAUAAAAUACGCGCCAUACUUCUCUCCAGCCAGAUAACGUGCGCUUCUUCCUUGUUAGGAAAUGGAACAGCUGCCACCAAUUGCAUAGUGCGCCUGAGUUCGGCUUUGGAGUUGGCCACGCAGAAUUAUCUGUCCUACUAUAAAGCGCUCGUUAAGAUGCAUCUUGCUAACGUACAAUUGCUGAUGGGCUUACCCACGUUAUCCCUGAAUAUAGUAGAAGACGCCAUACCCACGAUACUGGGUCACGGUGGCUGUUACGACCAAGGUCAAGCGUUUGUAUUGUACGGCAAGUGCUUGUUAGCCUCGGCACCAGAGAAUCCUUUCGAAGCGCGGAAGGAAGCAAUCCUGAGCGGUAUAAAAGCGCUAUCGAAGGCGCUGGCGCGAUUCACCAAAGUGAAAGCCAUCGCCAGGGUUAAAAAUAUCUUGUGCUUGCAAGCCGUAUUUUACAACGAGAUCAACCUUCUGCCCGAACGGAAUCAGUGUGCUUUCGAGUUUCGUCAGUUGGACGAACAAUACCUAACGACACCAGGCAAUCCGUCUUUAUAUUAAAAAUUGUAAGAUGGUUUUGCAUAAAAAUAAAAAAGAUGUCA